GUGUAUAGUGUAAGAUGUAUUUGAAAAGUUGGCAGCAAUUCGCGCACAUGCGUUUUUUCUGGUGGUACAUUUUUCAAUGCAUUCGCACAUCACAUAGACGCUUGUUACUGUCAAGUGUAUUCUAAAUAUUGUAUUUGUCGUAUAUUUUAAUUUCGUUACUAUAUUACUCGUUUCUUGCAAGUCUCUUAAGACCCUAGAAAGUUGCCAGCGAUGCAAUGUAUCAAGUUUUUAUCAGUGGAUACCGUUUGGCCGAGGUGUCACACGGCAAGCCUUAUUAUGUUUACUGCAUCGAUGUUCUGGAGUCGGAAACUGGUACUCGAUACUUUAUCGAAAGAAGAUACAGCGAAUUUAAUGCUCUACAUCGCACGCUGAAGAAAGAAAACGCGGAUGUUGCUCCGUUUCCGCCGAAGAAAGUAAGAAACUCCCAGCCAAGGGUGCUCGAGCAAAGGCGAGCAGCAUUGGAAGUGUACAUCCAAAAAAUGUUAAGGCUUCCAGCCACGAAGCAACAGGUUCUCAAUUUUCUGGGUAUAGAAGACCGAACACCCGGCACGUCAUAUAAAAAUACGUACAAGGAUACGGAGGAUCAGCAAUACGUUAACACAAAUACUCUUGGCCAUCAGCCUGUAUUAACUUUCCACUGUGAUCCAUAUGUUCAAUCGAAUGCUACGCCGAACAGUCUUCUAGAUGUCGUGAUCAACGGUGUACUUUUGGGUUUAUACAAGUCUCGAGAAGCUUACUAAACUAUUCAAUAACAAUAUCCUCUAUGAAAAGUGUAAAAAAGAACCACACGCUUCACGGGAAGCUCUGUUUUAUUAUGAUCCGAACGAAAUUUGGAUCACAAUUCAAUUCUUGUCAGAGAUAAAGCGAUUCAGUAAGUGUUUUAAUGUUUUGCUGUGCUGAGAAUGUGUAAUGCUAUUCCAAAUUCGACUAACGAAGAACGUGAGAGCGGAGGAAAUCUAGUUCACACUCCUCCUGCUUAAGAAUAAGAAUUCUGCGCGUCUGUUUAAUGUAAUCAAGGCGUUCCAAGGAAGAAAAUAUA